CCACCAUGUACUGUGACCAACAAAAUCGAGAUGCUGUGGACAUGGACACGCAGUGCAGCGAAAUCAUCGUCCUCCUGCAACGUGCCUCGUGCCUCGCGAGCAUCGAGCUUCAACGGGCCGGAUUCGUACCUACCCCGGGCGAGAGAGAGGUGAUCCAGGGGAUCUCUAUUCGGCUCUCGAAUGAACUCGCGCGACUUGCUCUCGGCGACCAUCCUUCUCCAUCCCUCGAGGCGCUGCGCGAGCGCGUAACAUCGCAGCUCAACGUUAACCGUUCGAUUGCGGCACCCGUGCGCCGCCUUCCUUCAGAGCUGUUGUCCGAAAUAUUCUUGGUGCUUGAUACCACGACUUCUCGUGCGGAGAUGAUUGCAAAGACGAUCGCGCCCGUGUGCGUUCUAUGGCGCACGACUGCAUAUAGCACGCCACGGCUAUGGAGCUCCAUCUCAUCUCUUUCCACAAGACAUUCGGCGAGCUAUGACUAUGCGAGACACGCAGCGCUGGCCGGCGACCUGCCGCUCCAUAUCUGGGCAAGUGAUAAGAGUGCCGGCGACAUUCUGUCCCAGCUACGUCCUUAUGCUGCACGCUGGGAAACGCUCUUCCUCGCUGCUACCUGCCAGCUUGUCGAGUCACAACCAACGCUCGACUUUCCCAUGCUCAGAAAAGUGGAAUUUUGGCCGAGCCGUCCCUCGACGAGCGACACGCUGCACUUCCUCGCCAAUGCGAGGCGGUUGGAGACCCUCAAGAUCAUGCUCCUCCCAAUGAUCGGCUAUAUAAUGGAAUGGCUGCCCCUGAACGUACCCGCCUUUCCCAACUUGACCUCUCUCGAACUAGAGAUCUACUACAUGGACAGCGUAGACCCUGGCGUGCGCACCAUUGUGUCUGCCCUGCACAGCGUCAGGCGGACCUUGUCUUUCCUGUCUGUCAAAUUCCAGUCCGGAACAUUCGCCGAGUACGACAUGCACAAGCGACUCGAGAUCGCGGACAUGCCGUCCUUGCGACGCCUUGUGCUGAGCGACGAUGCGCCGUGUGUGGUACUCGAGCACAUUCGAGCACCCGCCCUCGAGGAAAUUGUGUACAGGCUUGGAAGCGACUUCUUUCGUGGCUCGAUAUCGCAUCUUCGAUCCGCCCUGCUUUGCGCGCCUGCGCGCGUGAAACAACUCAGCAUUUGCCUCAGCUAUCCAAGUCUCGGUCCUGACGAGCUUGUCCGCUGCCUCAAACUCCUCCCUGACUUGGAGGAGCUUUCAGUGGACGACGCACUCGGAGAGAGGCCACCGAUGCUUAUAACGGAAGGCUUUCUUCGACGCAUGACCUGCGCCGAGGACGAGCGUCCGUUAGUUCCGAAGCUGACCAAGCUGACCUUAAAUAUGGCUUGUGGCGGCGACGAUUGGAAGUCUAUUGAUCACGGGCUAAAGAGUAUGCUCGAGUCCAGGAGAGCGCCACGAAAUUUUGCAUCUGUGGAGGUGGUGGCGUUGAAGGAUGUCCGCAUUUUUUUCGGAGGGAAGGAGAACACCCCGAUUUAAACUCGUACAAAUAGCGAGACUGCACAUGUCAAUUCACAUUCACCUCCUGCGCUCCGAUA